ACGACCUCCUCCCUCCUUUCCAGCCGCUGGAACCCCGGCCCUGCCCCUCCUCGCCUCCCCAAAGAAGAACAGGAACUCUUCGAAUCCCUCCAACGCGCCUCCACCGGCGCCUUCAGCACCCCAUCCUCAUCCCUCCCGCCCACCGCCGACCUACCACCCACAUCUACAUCCCCAUCCCCCUCUGCCUCCGACUCCACCCAACCACCCUCGACGACCGCCACCGACGCCAACCCCGCGCGCCCCGCAUCCGGCCCAGAGAUGCUAGCGAGCCUGAAGGCGCGGCUCCAGGCGGUGGAGGGGGGCGAGGAGAUGCAUCCGAACGUGCGGAAGGGGGCGCGGCCGGAGUUCGAGGGGGAGACAAAUCCGACGACGGGGGAGGUGGGGGGCCCGAAGAACGAGCCGCUGCGGUGGGGGGUGGGGAGUGAUUGGAGUUAUAAUGGGCGGGUGACGGAUUUCUAA